CCCCAUCAUGCCCAUCCUCCUGAGCGGCGGCCCGACCCUCGAGAACUCUUGGAUCCUGCGCAGGAUGAGCCUGAACGUGACUCCGCCCCCCCACCGCCGCUCGCUGCUGGGCGGCGACGCCCCCACGGACCGCAACCCCUUCGAAGACGAGGAGGACGAGAACGAGGCCAACGAAGGCAAGAAGGGAGGAGGGUCGCUGAAGGGGUUCAAGUUCAAGUCCCCGCUGAAGACCCUCGGGAAGCUGGGGAGGAACCUGAGGCUGUCGGGGAGGAGCAAGGGGGGCGACACGCCCUCCCCCCCCCAGGGGGCGCUGCAGGCCUCACCCUCAGAGAAGAAGAAGAGGGGCCGCAGGAGCUCUGAAGGAAGCCUGUUGAGGUUUGCCGGGCGGUACCGCGACUCGCUGGGCUCCCGUAAGGACUCGGAGCCGCCGGACAGCGAGGCGGACUCCAGCAGCCGCCGCCUGUCCUUCAUGAAGCUGGUCGGCCGGGGCAAGACCAGGAGGGAGUCCCUGAACUCCUCACAGGGCCCCGAGGAGGAGCCGGUGCAGGAGGAGGCGCCGGAGGAGGUGAAGCCCAGAGAGCCGCUGUCAGUCCUGGAGAUCCUGCAGCUGGUGAAGAAGCGAGACUUCCUAUUGGCCGACACUCACAUCCUGGAGCUGGAGCACGAGUGCAACGACCGCGGCACGGCGCCGCCGCCGGAGGACGCCGCCGGCGGGCGGAGGAAGGCCAAAGACGUGGAGCUGCUGUACGAGGAGCUGCAGAAGGAGCUGUGGGCCGUCGUCAGGGAGUCGCUACGGUCCCCCACGGCCGGGCCCAACCUGGGCCUGGUGGUGCAGGUGCUGCAGCAGGAGGAGCAGGCGGAUCAGGACUGGGCCCUGGGCGAGGCCCCCGGGGGCCCCAGGCCGCGCCGCCUGAAGCAGCGGUGGCGUGAGGCCGUGGCGGCGGCCGCCGCCGGCUCGCUGCCUCAGAGGGCCGAGUUCACGGCCGGAGAGCUGGGGGGCCACCUGGACCGGCUCCGGGUCCGGGUGGUGGAGGACCUGGGGGCCGCCAAGAGGAACGUGGUCUCCAUCUACCCAGAAGAGUACCAGCCCUUCCAGGUGUACGUGCAGAGCUACCACCAGGCCACCGCCAGCCGGCUGGAGGCCCUGACGGAGCAGCAGCUGGAGACCACCGACACCUACGCCCUGCUGGACUGGCUGCACAACGUCUACAGCAGGGACGUCCUGGGGCCCGUGUGCGUCAGCAGUCCCUCCAGCGGGGCCCAGCUGGGUCCUCUCCUCCCCUCAGAGACGGUGGAGCGGCUGGAGCUGGACUGCCUGGCCUCCGUCCGGACCAACGUCACCACGAAGCUGAUCCAGCUGCUGGAGGAGGAGGAGAGGAGGUGGGAGGAGGCGCCGCACCUGGAGGAGUACCACAUGCACCUGGCCAAGACCGUCAUACAGAGGCUGCAGGUGGACCUGGAGCGCUCCGCCUCCAUCAGCAGGACUCUGGGCUCCCGGGUCGCUCAGUGCAGCCUCAACGGCCUCGCCGACUUCCUGUACAGCUUCCAGCGUAAGGUGGAGAUGUUCCAUGAUGCCCAGCAGAGCGGCAUGCUGGGAGAUCAGCAGGACGGAUACGUGUCGAGGACCAUCGCCAUGGUCAACUGCUGUCCCCCACUCAGGGCCUUCGUGCAGCGCUGUGCUCCGUGUGACUCGUCUGUCACUCAGGAUUCUCUCCUCAGAUCAAACAAAUCUCUGGACGUCAUCAUUCAGAGAGGAACCAGAGAGCUGAGCCACAUGCUGUACCUCCACAUCAGGCCGUCCUCAGAGCGCCUGGUGAAGAGGAAGUGGCUGAGCAGCGUGGAGCCGUACGAGGAGAUGGAGGCCGUCAUCAAGGAGUCCUUCAAGAAGUUCCACCGCAUGGACAGCGCCCCCUACCAGCUGCUGGUGGCGGAGGUGCACCGUCGGGUGGUGAUGGAGUACCUCCGCUCCGUCAUGAGGGGGAGGAUCAUCUGCACCUCCAUGAAGAUGAGGAAGAGGAUGGCCGGCCGGCUCAGAGACGAAGGCCGGCAGAUCAGAGUCCUCUUCAGAGACCUGGACUCCCCCUCCAGGUGGCUGGAUGGAGUUCUCUCUCACGUCUCUGAGAUGAUUCUCCUGGACGACGUUCCUUCAGUUCAGAUGGAGGUCGCUGUUCUAGUGCGAGAGUUCCCUGACAUCAGGAAGAAGCACGUGUCGGCCAUUUUGAACCUCCGCGGGAUGACCCGGCAGUCUCAGCGCCAGGAGAUCCUGAACAUCGUGAAGGACAUCGAGAGCGACGGCGCCGGCUCGGCCCGGCCGGCCCGGGACCGCGUCCUGUUCUCCGAGCUGCCCGUCACCUCCGAGGUGCCGUGCCUCAGCUUGGGCCUCAGCCGCCUGGCGCUCAGCGCCUCCUCCUGCCUCUCCUCGCUGAGGCCGCGGGGGGCCAGGAGGCCGGGCCAGAACCAGGAGAACCAGGAGAACCAGGGCCUCUGAGGCCGCUCACUGGCCGUGGUUCUGGACCGUCGCCCCCGGUGGACGCUGGCGAGAUGACGCAUCAUUAUCAGACGACUUAUUGAUUUUAAAAAUGAAAAUGAUCUUAUGAAUAAAAUGCACUUUUCCUACGGAAGCUCUGGGAGGCGAGUGAGAAGUCUUAAAGGGACAGUGUGCAGCAUCCAGUGGCCUCUAGUGGUGAGGCUGCAGACUGCAGACAGGCCUAGAGCGGCAGCCCCUGGUGGCCAGAGUGAGUACUACAGCACACAACAGACGGGACGUUACUCGUCCCUUUGAAGCCGAUGACGUCACAGGUCCUUCUUCCUUUUUGUCCUCUCGGGGCUUCCGUACUUUUUCCCUUGGAUGAAAAAUAAUUUCUGUGGAUUGAAACAUCUCAAGUGUCCUGAAGGACGUCUGGAUCAAUAACGGCGAGCACAGGUGCAUUGUGGGACAAGGACCAGAGCGGGAGACCUUCAGGAUUUAGUUUAUCUGUUUAUCGUAAAAUAAUUUUUUGAAUCGCAGGAAAAAUCGUGAAAGAGCGUUUUACAGUUUUAUUGUUGCACAUGAUGAAAUAAAGUCUGAAUCAAAGGUACGACGACGACCCGAGGUGUGUAACGCCGUGAGGUUUAUUAUAUAUGUGGGAUCAAUAUGAAUUAUUCCUGGUAGUAGAUAUAGUAAUAUUCUAGAUUUAGAAAUCAAAGGAAACUUCGUAUUUUAUUCUGCCACAUUUCAUGUUUUUAUGUUUGAACCAAUGAACAACAUAUUCAACUUACUGCUGAUCAUUUUAUUAAAGCAUACACCAGUUUUUCUUUUAUUGAUUGAUGAUUUCCCGGAUGUGCUGGUUAGAGCAGCUCGUGGUGCGUUCAAGGACAAUCUGACGUUUGAGCUCUCGGCAUGAAAAACAAAGUAAAAAAGUCAACGUUUCACGUUUUCUUUUCUGUCACAUGAAAACAACAUUAUAAAGCUUCCGGUCAGAUUUUUCAGAAUAAAUGACUGCACCAUCAGGUUUUUUAUUUUCCGACAGAAACUGUUUUAUUCUUCUGAUGAUCUUUGAAAUGAAUCUUUAAAAAAUAUUGAUCAAAAUAAACCGAACAGAUCACCGACUGCUUUCAUUUUAA